CGCCUGCGCGGCCGGUAGCUGCGCGACAUAUUUGUCGGGCGGGACCUAUAUGGCGCCUCCAGCGGACCUUUCUGGAAGCGUUGGGAACUGGAGUGCUCGCGGCCCCGCUCCCCAGCGGCGGGAAGGUGUGAUGUCUAAGGUGGUAGCAAGUGAGAGCCACGCAGCAGCCCUGCAAGAAGAUUGCAAGGGCGGGUCAAGAAGGAGGAGCUGGGGGCUGUUGGCCACUGCUGGUGUUGGUGGGACCUUGGUGGCUCUCUAUGCUGUGGUCACCCCCUUCGUGACCCCGGCACUGAGGAAAGUGUGCCUGCCCUUUGUUCCUGCAACUUCCACCCAGAUCCAGAACGUGCUGAGAAUGUUAGAAAACAGAAGUGGCUCCCUAGUUGACAUUGGUAGCGGGGAUGGCCGUAUUGUGAUAGCAGCUGCAAAAAUGGGUUUCAAAGCUGUUGGUUAUGAAUUAAAUCCCUGGCUAGUCUGGUACUCUAGAUACCGUGCCUGGAGAGAUGGGGUACAUCAGAACACCAGGUUUUAUAUUUCAGACUUAUGGAAGGUUUCUUUUUCGCAUUAUACGAAUGUUGUUGUCUUUGGGGUGCCUCAAAUGAUGCCACAGUUGGAGAAGAAGCUGGAAGAAGAGCUGGAAAGUAAUGCCAGAAUUAUUGCCUGUCGUUUUCCUUUCCCUUGCUGGAUCCCAGAUCAUACUACUGGAGAGGGAAUAGACACUGUGUGGGCCUAUGAUUUGAAACAUUCCAGAGGAUGUGAAACAAAAAGAUUAGAAAUUUCACCAGAGACAGAAUCCUAAAAAUUUAAUUUGUUUUUGUGCUGAAAUUUUUGGCUUUGAGUUCACCUUUUAAAGAUAAGAAUGAAUAGAGCCCCAGGGUAUGGAGAUACACAGUCACUAAAAUAAAUUAAAUACACUGGUUAUCUGAAAGCAGACAAAGUUUAGUGAAAGGUGUAGCUAAAUGGCUUAAUAUAGUUAGUAAGAAUUAUGAGAAAGUUUUAUAGAAGUGGAAAACUUUAAUAUGGAAAAUGGGAUAAAACAUGGUUCACUACUGUUAAGAGGAAUAUAGAUGUACUAGUUAAGAUGCUCAAAUUGGUGAACUUAAUACAUGCGUUCUUUUUGAGCCUAUGUCACAUUUGUUAUUGGUAUUGGAAGCGGCGUGCAAGCGGCUUCUGAAAUGAGCUGUGGUUUCCAAAUGUCUGUUACGUGUGCUGAGUAGGCAUAAAGCUGAAUACAUCAAACUGAUGCAGAUUGAGUGUGAUGAUGAUACCAAUGUUUUGCACCUCAGCCUUGAAUGUGUACUUUUUAAAGUUGAAUAUGAGAUAAGCAAAUAUGAUGAGUUGCUUAUUCAUUAACACAAGUGCAGCCCUUGAUGUGUUUUUAUUUAACUUGUGAUGUGAAGAUGAAACUGCAGAAAUGUGUUUUUGCUGAACACUUAUUGGUAUAAAUCUUUGCAAAUGAUCAUGAUUUUUCCUAACCUUUCUGAUUUAGGAAGGUUUUCAGAAGUCACCUACUUGGCAGUGAAGUUUCACCACUUCUGUGCUUGCAAACCUUGGAUAAAGUGUAGGCGGGAGCUGCUUACUUGAAUGUGUAAUAAAGACUGUCUCUGAUUCUAGGGCUAGUUGGUCUGGCUAGCUUGGUUAAAUCUGAUUAGACCUCAUUUAAUUUAUAGGGAGAUGGGAAAGGACAUUUUCAGUCAGGCUUCUUUUCCCCUUUACUUUUCUGUGCCAUCUGAUGAGAUCUAAGAAACCCGUGGCUUUGCUGCAUGGCUUUUCCUUGGAAGGUGAGGCAAGUUCUCCCUGUGUCUUUGCUGGUUUGGAGUGAGGUACUACUGCUACUUCUGUGACAUUUUCCUUUUCUAACAUGGUUACAGCACUCUUAUAUUUUGUCAGUCUGCUUACUUGGUCUGUGUUUUGGUUCCCAGGUAAAAUUUUACUGUUUUCACCUUUUAAAAAUCAGUCAAAGUUCCUGGCCCCAGUUAACGUAUAGACUGUUAAGCAGUGACUAUGUAAGUUUGUCAGACCUUUGCGUAUAUGAUACCCAUAGAAUGAAGCUAAAACAGGCUAAGGAAUUGCCACCUGUCAAGUAAAAUUACUUCAGGACAAGAGAAGUGCUGAGAUCCUACAAUUUCAGGUAAAUACAAAGCCUGUAACAUUUUAUUAGGCAUUGGGAAGGCAUGUUUGCUGGACUAUAGUGUCUGACUUGAAGAGAAGUUAGGUGUUAUUUGGGAUGUGUGGUCUACAGUUAUACCUGUACCCAGGCUUUUUAUUCUUGGUGGGAGUGAAGGAGUAAGAAGAAUCUAAAAUACAAAUCUACACUGAGGAGCAGUAAAAUGUUUUUGUCCUGAUAUUUUAUACAAAGCAGGAGAAGAAAGGGGCAAAUGUAUCUGCUCUGGAGUUUGCAAAGGAGAGCUGAUUUCAGCCUUGCAUGGCAAAGCACAGCUGUAAGCGUGGAGACUAUGUGCUAAAGAAUGCUGAUUUCUGGUAAGCAGUCUUUUACAGCCUUUCACUGAAGUGUAAUGUAGUGCACCUUGUGGAACUACACUGAACGCUUUCUACUAUGAUUUAAGUGUUAUGAUUAUUACACAGUGACAGGACAGGGCUACAGCGACAUGUCUAACAUGGCUGAAUGUACUUUAAUAUCUCAAGGCUGUAAAACUGAAACCUCAGACAAAGGAAAUCUGAAAUUAUUUCUCUUGGGGGGGGAAAAACAUACAAAGGGGAAAUAAGCUAAUUAUGCAGAGUUCUUCCUCAAAUGAUUAUAAAGGAGGAGACAGAAGAGUUUGAUCAAGUGAAUUGUGACUCAUCGGCAGUGCAGUGCUCUGACCCAGGUUUCCACAGCCUGCUUUCAUGAAAGUUAGUUUGCAGGGAACGAAGCAAAUAUUUUUCUGCUGUGUUUGACUAUAUAUUUGUCUAUUGCGUUAUCAUUUGCCUGUUAAAAGGUAAAACUGAAUUUCUCAAUUCUGCCCAUGGGAGAGGCUUUGGGGUAUGUAAUUCUUAGUUCCCACCUAUCACUCCAGAAAUAUUUGUUGAGGAGGGCAAUAUAGAAUUAAUGAUGUGAUGGCCUGAGCUUUGGGUGCACUAAGUACUGUCCUCACAGCAAGGAAAGAUGUAUGAAUGCUUUUAAAGUAAGGCAGAGGGCUGUUUCUUGCUCUGGCCAUUUUCUUUCAGGGGUCUACACUGACAUAGACAGUGGUUUGAAGAUUCAGAAUUCCUUAUUACAUAAGAAAAUGUCCAGUAUUUCCUGUUUUCAUGGUGGGAGUGUGAAAUGGAAAGCAAAUUGCUCUAAUUUACACGGAAGGGGAGGGGGGAGCUGGGAAAGCAUUUUCUUGUCAUGUCCUCCAUUUUUAUAUCACUUGCUAUGUUCAUUUGAUAGUUUACAAGAUUAAAUACUUAACUGUGACUUCAGUUAUCACUGAAUGGAUUAUUAUGUUGAUACAGUUCCAAUUGCUAGGGUAGUGUAUUACGAUUUCAUUGAUAUACUACUACAGAGUACAAAUUUAUUUCUUCUGAAAACCAGGAAAGCCUUAGAGAACUGGCUUAAUCAAAUUAUAGCGUAGGGCUGAAGCCAGUAGAAGGAAAUGCAAGAUGUGCAUGCUGUUCAAUACCAAAGUAAUUCAGGUAUACAGAAAAACCUAUAGUUUAUCUUUGUUUACGUCUUCUAGUAGAAUCCCUCACCUCUUGGGAAUUACUUGUUUUAUUCCUUCCUUGCCCUGCCAGAUCUUAGCAAAACUAGUUGCUACAUUGCUGAAUAAGUAAUACUUUCCUGAAAUAAUGUAGAAUUUGAUCUGUUUGAAAAUAAUGCAAGUCAGAGUUCUCCGAGAGUCAAACUUUCAAUGUUUUUUUUGUUCUUUUUUGCAUUGAGACAUAUUAUGUCCCCACAGGCUUUGUGAUGCAAGAUCAGUUGUACCAAUGUGGCAUCUGAGUGCUACAAUUCAAAUUUUGUAGUUUCCCAUUUUGCACAAAUUGGCUUUCUUGAGAGAGAGAGAGGGGUACGGCUACAAGAGAGGCGUUUGAUAUGCAAGUUGCUUGGUGUUCUGCACAGUCACUGCAGCUACACAGCAACCUUAACCAAGGUUGUCCAGAUUUGUUUGUGAAAUGUGCACAUAUUUUGUGAGCUUUAGGCACUUCUCUAUUACUGGCUAUAUUGAAGUUCUUGAUUUAUCCUCUGGUCUGAUUAUAUGCUACCACUUAAUCUAAUGUUGCUCCAACUAAGUUAAUCUCCUGUCUCUGAGCUGCUAUUUGUUUCUGACUCAUGAGCUGUAGCCAGGUAAGACAGUACAGAAUCAGGUUUAAAGUAAAGUAUCACAUUUCAUACUCACGUAUGAGUAUGGUCUGUGAGGAAAAAAGGUUCCAAAGCGCAGGCUUUGGGAAAGUCACCUUUAAUGAAGGAUGCAGCUUGGGAGAUGACAGAGAUCUCCUGAACUCUGCAUAAAUAUUUUAAGAAGGACUUGAGAUUUGCUUUUCUCAUGUAUGUGUACUUUAAAAUAUUUUACCACAGUAAUACCACUCUAAGAUCUACAGAAGUAAGCAGAGGUAGCAUUUGUUUAUCUUCUUAUGUUUUGAGCUAUGGGAGAAAAGGGGCCAUAGGAUUCCCUUCCUCAAGUGUGGCAGUUUGAACUAUUUCAGAAGCAGUUUAACAGACUCGCAUAUCAGCUGUGUGUAUUUCUCACUGUGAUGAGCAUGCCAUGACGCAGCAAUGGGUUCAUGUGUAAUACCAUUACACUGGAAUGAAAACUAGUUAUUGAUAGAUCACCUCAUACUUCUGUAGUUUUACUUUUCAUGAUGGUUUACAAAUACUGAAGCAUUUGUUCAAGAAAGGACAUGAAUUCCUCAAAAUCAUGGUUGAAGGAGGCAGCUUAACAUUAGAUUUAAUACCAACAAAAUCUUUCGGUCAGCUAUUUUUCUUUUACAUUUGCCAAAUUUGUGCUUCUCUAGUUUUACAAUGUAGCCCCAACUUGUUUCUCAGAAGUAACAUAAGUUUGUUCUAGAAAACUUCUUGAGUUCUUGACAGGACACUGUGGCACCUAUGUUUAAUUUAAAAAACACCCUUGAGUGAGCUGCACAAUUAAUAUUUUCAGUAUUUCUGUUUGAAUGAUAAACUUCCUAUUCAUCCUUGUGUGCUUCACUGAGGGAGACUGAUACAUGGAUAGUUAAAUUUUUUUAUUCUUUUUCUGAACUGUUCUUAUUUCAGUGUGGGGUUUUUUUUUCGUAUUGUCUUUUUACAAUUUGAGUGUUCGACUUCAUAAAUUCAUCAAAUCUUCUGUUUUGCUGUAUUUCCUUUUUUUUUUUUUUUUUUCUUCCGUGUAAACUAGCUCCCCUUUUUUUUCAGCAACUUUGCAGGAAGACUGAAUUUGUCAAGGAAUGUCUUUUUUCUCUUCAAUGUUUUAACAUGUAUUUAACUAACCUCCUUGAUUUAUUUAGGUGUCUGUAUGCUGACACAGCAUGACUUUUGUUUCCAGUAAAUGAAAGAAAAACAUCCACCCAUAUGGUAUUUAGACUGAAAAAUAGCCUCAGUCUACAACAAUUCUGACUAUUUAGUAGUUUUAAGUACUUAAUUUCACAUUUUUAUUGUAUUUCAUCACCUGGCAAAUGAAUACAGGCCUUUUAUCCAUUCAGUAGUUCUUUGGAUUGGGGUUAUUUGUUCAGGUGGGAAUUUUGCUGAUUUCUUUUUCUUAGUAUAAUGUUGGGGUUUCUAUUAGAGGCUUUGGUUGAAAUGUCAGACUGAUGUUUUUCCUGCGAAUUGCUGUGUAGUCCUUGGAAAAAAUCACUGUAAUACAAUCCAGUGAACCACUAGCAUUGAUGAAAAUUAAAUAAAACCUGCUUACCAGCAAAUGUGCAGGGAUAUUUUUCAGCUUAUUGUAUGUGUUGUGGUUUUUAAAAAUAAAGUAGGUUUUUGAAGACCCAUAUAAAGCUUGUGACAUAAAGUUUUGAAGUGAGCAGAGGUCUUUACAAGGUCAGAAGCAGUAAAUUCAUGGCUUUCAACCUGAGGUUUGUGGUUACCUUCUGAGGAAUCCACAAAAAGUAAUUUGAAAAGCAGAUCUGCUAUCAGUAGGUUUAUAUUUGCUCCUCGUGAUUGUGUCCUUCCAUUGGCAAAAUUUUAAUAUGUCUGAAAUGAUCAAUUUUGAAUCCCUGAUCUAAAAGUAUGGGUUUACAUAAGACAGUAGCUAAAUGGAAAUGAGUUUAACAAAGUGAGGCGUUCUUGGUUUUUUCCUUCUUUCUGUUGUUGCUUGCAUGGGCUGUUGAGCCUUGACCCUGUGCAGUGUACAAAUGUAUGAGUCUGUGUCACAGAAGCACAGAAUGGUUUGGGUUGGAAGGGACCUUAAAGAUCAUCUAGUUCUAACCCCCUGCCAUGGCCAGGGACACCUCCCACUAGACCAGGUUGCUCAAACAGCUGAUGCUCAGUGGGCAGAUGUAAGCAAUGAGCCCAUCUGUGGUUUAGAGGAUGGCACGUGGUUUAGAGCUGGGGCCUUGUCCUGCAGAGCCAAGACCUGACUUGUCUGGUGCCUCUUCUGGUAAGCAUGAAACUUUGUAUUUCGCUAUGUGAGAGCAGCCACAUGGUUUUGCACGUUCCCAUUGCAUCCUAAUAACUUAAUAAUUCUAGCUUUUUAGUUAAUCUAUGAUAAAUGUGGUUUAAGGGUCUGAGGGUUUUUUUGGUGUGUUUGGUUUUUUUUGUUUGUUUGUUUGUUUUGUUGUUUUGUUUUGGGGUAUUUUUGUUUGGUUGGUUUUUUUAGGAACUACUUAAACAUGACAUUUACAUUUUCAAAGCAGCUGAUCAGCUGCCACUGAAGCCUGUCUAAAUAGCUGACGGACCCUAUGAAACUCCUUAAUGCUGUAAUGUCUGCAGAUGCCCAUGCCAGAGCUCUGGUUCAGAUGAGCAGAAAUGUGCCUCGCUCUUGCUAAGCUCUCUUGAUUUGCUGACUGAAAAUGAAUGUGUGAGGGGAGGAUACAAAAUGAAUGUUAAAAACUUGAAGAUCAUUGUGGGAGCAAAAAAUGAGUGGUAUGGGAUAUAGCCAAAAUCUCAGGGGCCUUCUCUGCUGCUAUCACUCUAGCCCCUAAGAUUUCAUGCUGUCUUUUUUCUUCCCCUAAGAUUAUGUAGCUGCUCUUGAAAGUAUACUCCUUUUUCUCCUUCCCAUUGUUUUUUCAAGCGCUUUGGAGUGUACACAAAUAAAAAUAAUUUAUAUGUCCCAUUCUGUAAAUUCGUUUCAGGACUCUCAUCAUCUGUGUUUGUGUAUAUUUUAUUGCUGCUUCCUUUUUUUUUUUCCUCAGCACACAUAGAAGCCAGAUUUACACUCCUGACUGCCUUUCUGCUCAAUGCAUAAAUAAGCUUUGUGGGUGUGAUCAAUACCAAUUAAGUUUAUUUGGAAACAGAGAUCUCGCACUGAAGCAAUUCUAAAAAGAUUUUGAGCAGGAAUGGGACUAGUGAUGCUCAUGAUGUGAAACUACUAAUGUUACUUAGUGAUAGGUAUGGUAGAGCCUCUUGCCAUUGAGGUCCUUUUAAUUCCAGUUGUCAGUCCGAUGUGUUAAGCAAAGCCAGGGAACGAAGGACUGGUAGCAAAGCAGCAGUGUUGUGUGGUAGCUUAAAAGAAACAUAUUUUCUAACAGUAUAAUCAGAGGCUGCCUUCCCCACAAAAAACCCCCAAACCAAUGAGGCCAACCUUUAGAGUGACAACAUUACAGAUUUAAAAUGGAGACUACAUUGAUCACUCUUAGAAAAUUCUAAUAUGAAAAAAGUUGCCAACUUCAGCAGCUGAGUAUUGUUUACGAGAGUGUGUGAAGUAUAAUGUAGUCAGAUCCAGGCUGACUUAAUGAAUAGUUUAAGUUUCUUAGAAAAAGUUAGCAGUUCUUGUGACAUGCAAUUAGGUUGUUUGCUUACUCUAAUAAAAGUGCAGAUCAAACACCACUCUUCUCAGGAUUAUUUGUCUACUGCAUGAAAAUUAGGUAGUCUGUGGGCUUUUCAGGAAACCUGGAUGCUGGAUCUUUCAUGAGGCUUUGUCUAUAGCUGUUUUCAUGCUUGUCUGUACCUUGAGUGAUUGUGAAUAUCAGAUGAUUUGAGGGGGAACUUUUACCCGCCUGUGUGAUACUUACAAGCGUAAGGACAAAUCAGAAGUUGAGGCAUACCUUCAAUCCCUUUCAGGAUAACAAUGAUACAGCUUCCUUGUUAGGGUGCUCCUAGUGGUGCUGAAUCCAAGGAUGCUGGAGCUCAAGCUCCACAGCAAAUAACCCAAUCAAAAACAUUGCGCAUCACUUGGCGUUUAUUGUUGUUAGCAACCACCUCCUCCCUGGUCACUACCUCCCACACAAAAUAAACAGGACGCCCCUAACCUCAUUCAUCAGGAUGUGUUCUUUGGUUUUCAGCUGCUGGUACAGAUGACUGCAUGACUUUCCAGCUUUGUCUAGGCUGUGGGCCUAGCAAGGCCUUCCCAACUUACAUUUCGGUGUAAGCAGGCUCAAUGUUAGCUUCAGCUGUCUCAGUCAAGGAUCUGCCUAAGAAAUCCUCGUAGUGUCGGAAGGCACUGAAACAAGCAGGCUUUGGGUGCUGAAGACUUCCUGGAGCUUGCUGUCUUAGCACGAUGGGACACAGCAUCAACAUUUUUGGCAAGCUUUUAUAAAGACUGCUUUAGCUCUGCUGAAUUUGAUCUCUUCGCUGAUUCAGGAACUCUGUGAAGUGGAAGAUAAAUUCACUCCAGUUUUCCCUCAGCCUAAUAGCAAUAGAACAUCAUUCUUUAGUUUUACACUGCUGUUUGUUUCUGGUACAGCCUAAUCUUUCCUUCACUGGGAGGGAAAAACCUAACACCAGAGUCCUUCCUCUCCAGCACAAACUUGAGAGCAAGGCUCUUUAACUGAGGGUCUUCCCCUUUGGAAAGUCAGCAGCACAAAGAUCCUUACCAGAAGCGUUGGGAAGACUUUUCAAAUUCUUGUUGCUGAUGCAGAUGCUAUUUGUCAGGACCACUAGUAGGAACAGCUUGGUUUUCCACCAAGACUUGGUAUAAUUACCUAUGGCUUAAGGUUAGUUCAAGCUGCUUGAUAUUGGGUCUGGUGUGGAGGCUUGGAUUAGCAGGCCUCUCUGCCUUUUUGGAGAAGAUCAAGAAUCAAGUUUUAUUCCUUACAGUAGCAUGAUUUCUUUUAUAUGUCAGUAACAACAUCAUAAUAUAUUCAUAUAAUGAAAAUGAGAAUAAUCUUCUGAUACUAAUACUCUGGCAAUAGACUAAGCAGAGUGCUACUCAAUGGAGAUUUUUUUUGGAGUUGGAUAAGGAGACACAAGUCUGUUCUCCCUUCAGUAAGCAUGUGUUGUUCCUACUAACUUUGAGGAAAUUUAUUUGCAUGUGUUAAAAAA